AUGCUGGGCGGCUUCCCCUACAUCAGCAAGGUCGACCUGCAGGGUUCGCGCAACUUUCUCGCCAAACUAGGCAUUGGCUCGAAGAGCGGUCUGCGGACGGUGAGCCGCGCUCUGGAAGGCGGGGCCGGUUCGCCUCUCCUGACCCAUUUCUUUACCCCCUGGUCUCUCUUUUUGCCUCUCAAGCCGGGGCCUCUCACCGUCCUGUACAUCGGCGCAACACCCCUGCCUCCCCGGCCCAAGUCUCCGUCCCAUGUACCCAUGCUAACACUAGCCCCUAGCAUCGGUCGGAUCACAGAGGGUUUCCUACUCGAUGUAGCUGAACAAGUUGACAUCGUCGAGCCCAUUGCAAAGUUCACCGCUGCUCUCCUGGAAAAACCCGGCGUCGGGUCUGUCUUCAACAUUGGCCUCGAGGAGUGGCAACCCCUUGAAGGCACUACCUACGACCUUGUCUGGAACCAGUGGUGCCUGGGUCAUCUUACAGAUGACCAGCUCGUUGACUACAUGCGUCGUUGCAAGCAGGUAGUCGCCCCCAACGAUGGUCUCAUCGUCGUCAAGGAAAACCUGAGCACUAGCGGCGUCGACCUAUUCGACGACGUCGACAGCAGCGUGACGAGGGUGGAUGAGAAGUUUCGCGCCCUCUUCGAGCAAGCGGGUCUCCGUCUCAUCAAGACGGAGCUGCAGCGUGGCUUUCCCAAGGAACUGUUCCCGGUCCGCAUGUACGCGCUCAAGUAG